CUGUGAUAUCGUCAAAUAUAUGGAGUUUUUUUUUUUCCAAAUAAAAGCUGGGAAUAGGGUUUACUGUUUUGCAUCUGUUUCUUUAAAGUUGACACCUAAUUGUGGAGGAUUAUGUUAUAAAUGUAUGUCCCCAAAAAAUUGUGCAUGCCAGUUUUUAUCGAGCAAAAUGUAAUGCACAUUGUAAACACCUUCGUAGCUGUCCAAUCAGGACGGUGUGAAAGUGCACUGGCGUUUACAGCGCCAAUCAGGUAAGCGGGGAAAGGCAGCCUUCCCAGUCGGUCCCGCCUCUGCCCCCCGGCUACAAGCCAGACUUUCUGUAGCCAUUUUAUUCUGUUGGAUUCUGUGGAAAAUAAGUUCUGUUCGAGGUUGACCUACAUGACAGUCUAGGAUAUAGUGCAGAUCGAGUGGCACUGUUUUAAAGCUGCCACAAAAGGGGAAGGAGGACAAUCAUACAAACUCAGUGGCCAAGUAUGGACUAUGAAAGAAGGGGUGGGCGUGGUGACCGAAUGGGUCGCUAUGGCAACUCCUCCAAUGAUCACAACUUUCGAGACAUGGACUACCGAGGCUAUGGCCAAGAGGAAGAGGAAGCCGGAGGAGGCUAUGACAUCAGAGACAAGGGCAACAGACAAUAUCGCCGAGAGGAUCAACCUGGCGUCGUCUGUGACUUCCCUCCAGGUCGUCUCCAGGACCACCCGGGUUUUGCUCACAGAGGAGAGGUCGGACGCGAGGCGGCAGGCCCGUGCCCGUCGCGUGCCCCGGCUCCCCCGGCUGUUCCCGCCUUCCCCAGGCUCCAGAGGGACGAGGACGGACCCGGCCACGGGGAGGAGCCGUUCCGGACCGGCCCACAGGAUCAGGCCCGUGGCCAGGGCCAGGGCCAGGGCGCCAGAGGUUUCCAUAACGACGGUGCAACCGCUCACCCGGGGCAUGGAGACAGCAACUGGGGCCGGGACGUCGGGGCCCCGCAGGAGGAACCGGAAUACAAUGCAGCUGUAAGGCAAGAGGAGGACAUGAACAGAAUGAGCUUCCCAGCGGGGUCAGAGGAAGGUGCUGGGGGGGGCGGUGGCAUCCUGGACCUGUCCUUUGAGGAGUUUGACCAGCGGGACCAGGACUACAGGGCAGAUUUAGACCAGAACCAGAGGCCCAGCAACAUCAUCAUGUUGCGCAUGUUGCCACCCAACGCCACGGCCAAUGAGAUCCGUGCUCAGCUGCUGGAGCAGGGAAUCCAGCCCAGGGAGGUCCGCCUCAUGAGGAACAAGUCUUCAGGUCAGAGCCGAGGAUUCGCCUUCGUCGAGUUUAAUCUCAUACAGGAGGCCAGCCGCUGGAUGGAGACCAAUCAGAGGGUGCUGUUGAUUCUUGGACAGAGGGUGGCUAUGCACUACAGUGACCCAAAACCACGGGCCAAUGAGGACUGGCUCUGCAACAAGUGUGGUGUGCAGAACUUCAAGAGGAGAGAGAAGUGCUUCAAAUGCAGCGUGCCCAAAUCUGAGGCAGAGCUCAAGCUGCCCCUGCUGCAGAGGGAUCUGACCUUGGGACUCAAAGAGGGGUCCCAGGGCCUGCUGCCCCUGCCGGCACCCUACCAUUCCACCGGUCCCGCCGUGAGCACCACGCACACCCCGCAGCAGCACGCCGACGUAGCCAACGACACUCUCAUCUUGAGGAAUCUGGGCCCGCACACGUCGGUGGAGGCCAUCCUGUCGGCACUGGCCCCCUUCGCCACCCUCUCGCCCUCCAACGUACGCCUCAUCAAAGACAAACACACCCACCUCAACCGCGGCUUCGCCUUCCUGCAGCUCUCCACCAUAGUCGAGGCAUCUCAGCUCCUCCAGAUCUUGCAGGCGCUCCAGCCGGCACUCGCCAUCGAUGGGAAAGCCAUCUCUGUGGAGUUUGCCAAGGGCUCCAAACGGGACGUGUUUCUGACUGACGGCAGCAGAGUGAGUGCUGCUACGGUGGCCAGCACUGCCAUAGCUGCGGCCCAAUGGGCUGUCACCCAGACGGCUCAGAAUGGAUUGGGUGGAGGCCAGGGUGUUGAUUCAGCAUUGUACCAGCAGGGGGCAGCAGUGGCUUACAACCUGGAUGGACAGGACUAUGGCGAAGGCACUGUGACCCCAGGGCCGGCCUUGGUAACGGCUGGAGCCGGUUUGAUGGGGGCCUAUACCGGAGGAGCAGCACCAGUGAUGUCUGCAGUGAUCUCUUCUGAUGCUAUGCCGUCGACCCGGGAGACAAUGCAUCAGCCUCUUGUUCAUACCCAGCCUCCCCUCCUCUCCAUGGCAGACAAAGCUCAGGCCAGCAAGGCCUCGGUCGCUCAGCAGGUGGAGAUCGUGGGAAAGCCCCAGCCAGCAGCCCCCGGGCCCCCUGCCACCCCCGGCACGGAGCAUGAGCUCCCCCAAUACCCGGUGCCGGAUGUGUCUACGUACCAGUAUGACGAGAGCUCAGGCUACUACUACGACCCGCUGACCGGCCUCUACUACGACCCUAACUCCCAGUACUACUACAACUCCCACAGCCAGCAGUAUAUGUACUGGGACGGAGAGAAACACACGUACGUGCCCGCGCAUACGGAUGGCGAGGAGACCGCUGCACCAGGCGACAGCUCUGGGCCCUCUGACUCGCUCACUCCCCCUGGAGGCAAGGAGAGGAAGGACAAGCCUAAGAACAAAACCGCUCAACAGAUCGCCAAAGACAUGGAGCGCUGGGCCAAGAGCCUGAACCGACAGAAGGAGAACGUUCGCUCUGUGUCCUCCGCAUCUCCCACGGUCAGCUCCGCGCUGGCCGCCGCCUUCCCCCGCCCCCCCGGCCACGCCCGUCUGGACGAACGCAGAGAGGCCGCGAGCGCUGACGCCGGCUACGCGGUUCUUGAGAAAAAGGGGGCACUGUCUGAACGGCCUCAAAUAUUCCUUGACCAGAUCACCAGACACACUGCAGAGCUUUCCCCCCCACCUCUGCAGGGUCUGGUCCCAGCCUACAGUGGGGAGACGGACAGCGAUGAAGAGGGGGGAGAGAAAGAGGAGAAGGACGGCAGGAUGACGGACUGGUCCAAGCUGGCCUGUCUCUUGUGCCGGAGGCAGUUCCCCAGUAAGGAGGCCCUCAUCAGGCAUCAGCAGCUCUCGGAGCUCCACAAGCAAAACCUGGAAAAGAGAAAGACUCAACAGGAUGCUGCAGGGAAAGAGCGGCAGAGAAUCGCUGAUAGACCUGAGCCUCCGGACGCAAAGAGGAGGAAGUUCAGUCCUGUUGACGGGGUCACGGGCACCAGUCUGGGAGCUAGGAUGCUGCAGGGGGGCUUGAAGAAGGGGCUUCUCCUGCGCAACAUGCAGACGGAGUGAGCCGUCGCCUCCGACGCCACUACCUCAGGAACUGGGACAAAGCCCUGUGCACAACCCCCCGAGUGGACCCGUUGUAUCACAGACGGACCACCAGGAGAUCACAAAAAGAAAAUGGAAUCCCAGAUGAAUUGUGGGUUUUGUAGGGAGUUUCUUCCACUCCAAAGGCUGUGGCACACCAAAGCUUAAGAGGAGGCUGAACUUUUUUGAGCCCUUUUCUCCACAACGGAGGAUUAUUUAAUUCCGCGUGGACUCGCCGUCUAGGCCAUUUAAAUUGAUCAGUUUAUAAAAAAAAUAAAACGUGUCAAAAUGGAGGCCAAGCGUAGGCGUGAGCCGCAAUACUCUUCAGCACCACCUGCAGUGAGGGAGGGAUCAUUGGCUAACUUGGGAGUGGAUUAAAAGCAGGUGUUCUCACCUCAAAGCUUGCGCUCUGCCCUUGAGCUUUGGUGUGAAGCAGCCUUAAAACUGUUGUGAAAUGAUCAGUUGAUGUAGGCUGACGGGAGUAAUAGCACAGAAUGCACCUUUUUACUUCUUAAAUUAUGCUCUUUUAAUCUCUCAUAGGAUUAACUUUAGAUACUUACUGUAAAAUAUCAUACUUCUUAUUUCUAUGCACAAUAGAUUUGUUCCAAGUAGAUAAUUAUAUGCAUUUUAAUUGACAUGACAAAUGGGAAAUCAACACUUUUGCACCCCAGCACUCGUGACACAUUUGAAUAGGACAUGACCACACAAUAGUGUGGAUUUAGAGACGUGUAAAUAUAAUAUUGUAAUAUUUGUGAAUGCACAGUGUAUAUUUCUUUCUGAAAUAAGAUAUUUUUUAUUUGAGAUUUGUGGACACAAAUGUUUUCAAGAUCCUAUGUAAAGAAGAGUAAUAACAUUUUCCACUUUACAGCUUGAUUGCAGGAGGAAAGUAAAAAAAAUAUGAAUUCCUCUAAA